AUGGAGAAACGAUUCGUCGAGGGAUUACUUGUCGAAUACGAUAAUGUUCUGGAGGAAAAUGAGAAUGAAUUGAUAAUAAAUUUUGUAAGUUUUUUGAAAUUAUUGUAAAAUGUUCUAAAGGGCGAAUGAGGACAUUUUGUAAAAUAACAUAAAGGAAAAUUUCUAUGAAUUGAAUGCCGACAAUUUUUAUUUAAAAAAAUAAAUGGGAAAAGCACAAAAGUGAGACUAAUAUUCAUAUUUCAGAAAACUGACUGGGAAUUUCUGAAAUUCAAAAGCUUAUACAAGGACUUUGGCAUAUUGCCAAAAUCGAACUGUAUUAAGAUCGAAAACGUCAACACUGAAAUCGGUGAAGAUGUUAUAAGAACAAAUUUGGAAACAAUGUGUUCUGUUAUAACAAUCGAAAAAUAUGAGAAAUCAGAAUCUGUGGAAUUUCGUGACGAAGGAGAAUGUUGGAAGAUGCUGCAACAUCUAAGCCAAAAUGCAAUAUAUUUAUUUGGGUGAGUUUCUAGAAAUUUGUUUCGAAUCAUACAAAUAGAAAAUGUUUCAGUGAUAAUCUUCUCCCUACCGUUGCCGGUUCUUUCACUGUUCCUCUACGACAUUUGAUCACUUCAACCAACAUCAACACGGCGUAAGAUUUUUCGAAUCAAUUUAAUCUAAUAGAACGAUUCAAGUAGAAAAAAUUAUGUAAGAAGAAUCAUUUUUUGAACUUCGAUUUACCAAAUAUCAAAACCUAUGUUUUUCUACGCAAAAAAAUCUUUGGAUGAAAUAAGAUUUCAAAAAAAGGUAAAAUAUAUUUUCUUGACAUUUGGUGAAUCGAAAUUUGUUGUCUGAAAAUGUUUUUUCAAUUAAUUUUUUUUUGCUUGAAUCACCCCAUAAGAACUUAUGUUUCACAGUUUUUGUAUAAUGGAUUUUUACAGACCUAUUAUUGUCGAAAACGAUACACUUUUGAGACAAUGCACCACGGAGCAGCUUAUAAAGCAAAAAGAAUUUAUGGUCAGCGAAAAACUGAACGCUAUCAAUGCUCAAAACAAACUGAAAAAUGAAAUUGAGUUUCUUAAAAAUGAUUAUGAUUUUAAAAAAUUCAAGUCGGUGUGUUGUUCACGUAAGUUAACUUAUUUUAAACUAAUCUCGAAUUAUCAAUUAUUUUACAGAAAUUGAUCAAAAAAUCGAAAAAUGUGACAAUGAGAAAGCUACAGCUAUGAAGAGAAAAUCGGAGGGUAAGUGUUGGAAUUAAUAUUAAAACUAUUUUAUAUUUUUCAGAAUUGAAAGAAGCGAUUGCAAGUGGACACGAAAAUUCUAAAAUGCCAUAUUUCCAGCAAAGUUGA